AUGAUGCGCUUCUCUGAUCCACAUUGCAGGGAUCUGAGCUACACGGGGGUAUCUGGGUCAGUGCCAUGGGGCGUCAACAGCCUCGAGAAGCUGCAGACACUGUACGGCACCCCUGGCGUUUUCUGCAAUGACAAUGCCACCUGCCCUGCCGCUGGCCCAUUGCCCCCUCCUGAGAACCCGGCCAAUCCCACGUCGCCAGCUGUCAAAAACUCCAGCUCCCCUGGGUCUGCCAGUUCGUCUGCGCCCAACACCACCUGCCACAUGUGCCAGAGUUACUGCCUCGGCUGCUCCUCCUCUGCGUCUGUAUUUUCCUCCUCUCCCUGCCACAGCUCCCCCCCUGCUUCUAGCAGUGCCCUCUCCCCGGGAGCCAUAGCAGGGAUAGUGGUGGCGGCAUUCAUCGCCCUUAUUGCUGUCGCCCUCCUCCUCUGGUUCCUCCUCCGCCCAUCUGAACCCGGUGAAAGCCAUGGUACGGCUGCAGCACCCGAGGCUGGUGCCUCUGCUGGGGUGUGUCGACUAAACCACUUCCUCAAGUCACGCCUCAUGUUUUCCCCCAUCCCGAAAUCCCAGGUGAAAGCGAUGGCGCGGCUGCAGCACCCAGCACUGGUGCCACUGUUGGGGUACUGCAUCGACUAUAACGAGACCAGCCGGCAGAUGGAGCAGAUCAUCGUGUCGCAGUUCAUGCCCAAUGGGGACCUCUCGCACUGGACCACGGCAGGAGCCAAGCCCCUCUCACCUCACGAGCCCCUACUUCUGCAUGCUCUCUUAUCUCCUCAUUCCCGCACCUCCCAGGGGCCAAGCCCAUCUCAAACUCUCGGCCUCCUCAUCUCCCCAUAUUCUGAUGCAUCUCCCAGGGGCGAAUCCCAGGUCGCUGCUUUCGGAGUGCUGGUGCUGGAGCUGCUGACAGGCAGGGACCCCAUCCUCUCAGUCGAUGGCUCGCAGUCGCACAUCCGGGAAUGGGCGACAGCAGAGCUCUCUAGCAGUGACGUCAGCUCCAUCAUAGACCCGCGCAUGCCUUCCCCUGCUGCGUCUACUGACGACGUCAGCAUGGCGCAUGCUGACGUCAUGCAGAGCCUUGCAUCCCUGGCGUUGGAAUGCACUGCCAUGCCCGCUGCCUCGCGCCCCUCCAUGGCCAAAGUUCUCUCACAGCUGAAGCAGCUGCACGAGGAGGUUGUGAAGCGGGAGGGGGAGAGCGGACUGGAAGGGAGUGAGUUCGUAGGAGUGGAAAUGGGUGCAGGGGGGGUGGGAGGAGUCGGGAAGGAGAAGUGGGAGAGUUUGGCAGAUGGGGCGUCAGCGGUGAGUGUGACACCAGUGAUGACUGUGAGGGAUACGACAGGCAGCUUGGAGGGGAAUGAGAGCUCGAGUGCUGGAGAGGGGACGAGUGGAGAGGCGAGUGGGAGCAUGGCUGGUUACCGCAACUGA